AUGGAAAGUAUAUCUAGUGGUGUCAACUUUCUCAGACGUCGGUUUAGCUCUCAGGAUAUCGAAGAGGAUGACAAAUCGAUGUUUACUUCAGUUCUUGGUGGACGUAGCGUACAACAACAUCAACAACAAGCACAAUAUCAACUACAACAGCAACAAUCCUCCAGUGCUUCAUUACAUAUCCAGAGUGGGCCUCCUAAUAGUUUCUCGCUAGCUGGUCUUGCCAAUAAAGUCUCUAGCGCUAUAAGUGCUCCAACGUCACCAUCCAAGCAAUCAAUGUCUAUGUAUUCGCAGGUUCAAGGUAUAACCAAAAAUCUAAUGCAAGCAGCCACUAAUGCUGCAUCGUAUGUUCAGGGACCACACAAGUGUAUAUUGGUUAUUGACGACCGGCAGAUUGAUUGGAGUAAAUAUUUUCGCAACAAUCGUACUGGGUGGCAACUACGGAUUGAACAAGCUCCGUUCUCAGAAAUACAUGUCUGUUGUCAUUCCAAUCAUAAAUGUACAGUGGAUAUUUUGGAAUUCGGAAAAGAACACAGGAGGAUGCAGCCAGAUUUCGUUUUAUUUCGGCAAAAUGCAAAGAGUGAGAGGGGUGAUUACACUAAUAUUGCUUUAGCAUUGUUGAAAGGAGGUGUGCAAACUUUGAAUAAUCCUGAAAGCGUACGGAUAUUCUUGAAUAAAAAUUGGAUGUUUAAUCGACUUCAGUGCAUUUGUAAAGCGGCUAUGCCGAACGUCAUACCUCUAAUUGAGCAAACUUAUUAUCCAUCAUUUAAUCAUUUUAGUAUGCAACCUCGGUUUCCGAUUGUCAUAAGCGUCGGGCAUGGAAGUCACGGACUUGGAAAGAUGAAAAUCGAAGAUGAAAAUCAUAUGCUAGAAGUGGAAAAUAUGUUGCGAGCAAUUAAGCCUGUGGAGGUUUUCACCGAACCGUUCAUCCAGACAAAAUAUGAUAUACAUUUGCAGAAAAUUGGUGCAGAAACAAGAGCUUAUAUUCGUAAAGGUAUAUCUAAUGAUUGGAAAAGUAAUGCUGGUUCCGCAAUGUUGGAGAAAAUUUCUCUCUCAAACAAGCAAAAAGAGUGGUUGACUACUAUAUCAGAUGCAUUCGGUGGACUGGAAGUAUUCGGAAUUGAUAUUUUGGUAGCAAAAGAUGGAAGGGAGAUAAUACAUGAUGUAAAUGAUGUGAUAACUUUACUUGGUGAUAGCCAAGAGGAUGAUCGUAAAGCUAUUGCUGAUCUCGUCCAAGCACAUAUAAUACAAUCCGCUCAACGUGCUAUGCAACAAAUAGCAGUUGCAACACGUGUUAACAUGCCUCCAGCUCCACCACCACGUCCUCAGUCAACGAAUGUUUCACGAUCGAAUACUCUAGAAAAAAAUAUGUCAGGUGAAGCUACAGUGGAUAGUGACGACAGGUUGAGUCGAAAAAGUUCUGCUAAUCAGCCGCAAAGACCAGUAAGGCAGCCAAGUAAACAAGGAAAAGAAUCAGCGAGUUCACAGCAUCAGGAUGAUACAAUGGGUCAGCUGAAACGCACAUUUGCUGGAAUUUUUGGCGAAGUCCAAUGA